GUGACUCGUUUUUUCGUUUAUGUUUAGAAGGCCUUGAUACGUUUCUUUCAAACAUUAAAAAGUAACGUAAAUUUCGACAACAAUAAUUGUUGUUGUUGGAUAAUAACAAACAAUGAAUGGAUUACCGUUGCUGUCGGAGAAAAAUAUUUUUGCUUUGGUUUGCAAGUGUUAACUGCAUCUUCCCUGCCCUUUUGACUGAGGUCCUUUAACCCCCUCUGCUCCGUUUUAAGGACGCUAGGAUCAUGGAGGAAGAAGACGGGGGUGGGAGUAGGUUGGAGCUAGCUGGGACAUGCCAGCAAAUUUGUGUUGUUGGCUCACUGGCCCUGGACCCUCUAGUAAUGUCUGCAGUGCAGGCAUUGGGUUUACCAGUCUCCCUUUCAGCUACUGGUAGUGAACUUAUAGAUUUAGUUGAAAACACUAUUUUUAUUGUGGACGACAUGGAAGGCCCAUUGUUUGAAGCACCUCACAAUCCCCGAUUCAGGGUGCUAGGACGCACAGCUCUCCUAGAGUUGACAGACAGAGGUGAAAAUCUUCCGUCCACCACUCGGCCACUUUUUUCAACCUCUAUGAGUGGUUUGGUUGUCUGCUUUACCGGAUUCAGAAAAAAGGACCAUUUGAUGAAGUUGGUGAAGUUGGUGCAAUCAAUGGGUGGCAGCAUCAGAAAAGAGAUGUCGGUCUCUGUCACCCAUUUGAUUGCACAGGGAUGUGGUGGCAAGAAAUACCAUUAUGCCACCACAUUUAGAGUGCCCGUUAUGUCUGAGGACUGGGUGUUUGCUGCUUGGCAGAGAAGGAAAGAAGUUGGAUUUGGUGCAGCAGCAUCAGACUUCACUGCCAAUUUCAAAUUAAAACCCUUCCAAGGGGCGAAAGUUUGUUUUGUGGGGUUUCCGGAAGAGGAAAAAAAACACAUGGAAGAAGUUCUUGUGGAAAACGGGGGCACUGUUGCAGAUAUGUCAGACUGCAGUCACGUUGUGGUGGAGAGUUACAAGGCUUAUAGCCUGCUCAAGGGCAAGACUGCUCCUGUGCCUGUGGGUGAAAACAAGUCCCAACAUUCCAAGUGCUCAGAUCUGCCCCAUCCAAUUCCGCCUCAAAGGAGGCGAUCAUCUUUUCUUCAUUUGCUGUUGUCUCCUAACAAAUAUCCUGCUAUUCGUGAAGAGGAUGGUUCCAGUUCUCCUCGUACUCCUGAAUCCAAAAGUCCUUCCACUUCUAGUUAUGAAACUCCAAAACUUAGUUUUGUACCAUCCAAAACUCCGAAAGUUCCAUAUUUUCCAAGUAUAAGUGAGCUGCCAACUUCAACCCCUAAAUUUGUGGAUGAUCACCAUGAUAGUUCUCAUGAUGAAAUGGUCACUGCAGAGGACUGGGACUUGGUAUCUGAUCCAAUGGACCAAACUAGUCCUCCUACAACUCCUCCUGGAACAACACAAACCUUUGAAAAGCCCUCGCCAACUUGUAUCCAUCCAGACUGUGUGGCACAAGUGAUAGAUGAUCCUAUGAUGUGCGAUCAAGAGGACACCACAUCUGCACCGGUGGUUGAUAAUGUUCAAGCCCAAGCUUCUACAUUUGGCCUGAUGUCCUCCCAUAUUGUCAAGCCUGAGUGGUUCUGGAUCUCAGUGCAAAAUGAGGGGGCAGCAGAUGAAACAGAAUAUAAAUUUGAAGGCUGCUUAGAAGGAGUUAUGAGUCCGGCUACAUCUAGGGAUUCCCUUGGUACUCCUACAUCAUCCCGCCUGAGGAAAAGGAAAAGAAUUCGGGAUGGUGUUUCAAGACAGAUCCCAGAUUCUCCCAGUAUUCAUAAGCGGCGCUCCUCCAUAAGUGAUGCUGGGCUUUUGAGUCUCAGUAGUUCAUUUUUAGACUGCUCAACUGUUUCAGAGAAGUUGUCCACUGAUGAAGUGGAAGCUGCUACGCUGAAAAGUCUCAGCAAUCUUAGCCCAAGACAGCAAGUUUUCCAUGAGCUGGUACAAACUGAAACUAACUAUGUUGGUAUUCUAAGGACUAUCAUGACCUUAAUCAAGAAACCUUUGGAGGAGUUUUCCGAGGGGGAGGGCCCUUUAUUGGAUAAUACAGAGUUGAAAACAAUAUUUGGCCACCUUCCACCUAUUUAUGAUUUACACGCUGCUAUGCUUCAAGAACUAAUCAGAGCAAAUGCAAAUUGGACAGAAACAACAAGUAUUGGCAGCAUUAUACUGAGGCAUUCUCGGGAUAUGGUUAAAGCAUAUCCGCCUUUUGUAAACUUUUUUGAACAGACAAAAGAAAUGCUUCACAAAUGUGACGAAACCAAACCAAGGUUUCAUGCUUUCCUGAAAGUUUGUCAAAGUAAACCGGAAUGUGGAAGGCAAACUCUAGGUGAGCUGCUCAUAAGACCAGUGCAAAGACUGCCUAGCAUAUCUCUCUUGUUGGGAGAUAUUUUAAAACAUACCCGUAAGGACAACCCCGACCAUGCAGCCUUGGAUGAGGCGCUUCAUGCAGUUCGUGAAGUCAUGACGCAUAUAAAUGAAGAUAAAAGAAGAAUGGAAGCGUGUAUGGACAUGUUCUCUAUCUUUAAUGAUAUUGAGAACUGCCCUCCUCACCUUGUCUCCUCUCACCGGGCGUUUGUAACUCGAUGUGACGUAAUAGAGCUCAGCAAUGAGUUGAGUGGGCGAGGAGAUGCCCUUGUAUUUUUUCUCUUCUCAGAUAUUUUAGAGAUUUGCAAGAAAAGAUCCAAGGGAACAUCCCUUAAAAGCCCUAAUACAGCCACAUUGCGUAGCUGCAAACAUUUCAAGCAUGUGCGACUCAUACCCCUCUCUGAUAUCAAAAGAGUAUUUGAUGUGGAAAGAGAGGGGAACAAUGAAGAAAAUAUAUUUGCUCUAAAAUGUCGGAGCAACCAAGAGCUCAAAGAAAAGCUCUAUUCAUUUUCCCUUUCGGAUGAAGAUAUCGAUAAAAAUAAUUUUCUGCAGACACUUUGCAGGCAACUUGCCAAUACCGUGUGUAAGGCUGAUGCGGCCUAUUUUUUGUCGCCAAUUGACUAUAAUGAGCUGGACAUUAGUGCAAAUGAUGCUGCAUUUGGUACAUUGAGCAAGGCUUUCAAAUUAGCAUCACGCACCAAAAUGAAAAUAGGUCGUACCUUUUCCUUUAAUUCAAAGACUCCGAGCAAAUUAAAACGAGCAGUAUCAUCCAUGAUGUCUCCCUUUGGCAGCACUACCAAUUUGACUCCUGCCUCGCAAUUAGCACAAAUGAGGCUUGCAUCCUGUACCAAUUUAAACGAGCUGGCAUCAUCACCAUCAGAACCAGAAGCACUUAAACCACCAAUGUCUGUGCAACCAAGAAGAAAACGGCCUGUAUGAAGGACAGUAUCCGGUCCUUCUUGUUACUCUAUGUUGUUUUUUUAAUUCAAUUUACUUCAAUCUACUUGUCAUAACUUGUACCUAUGCAUAGAGACAUUCUACAUUCUGCAAUGACUUUAGGCGACUGGUUAACUACAAUUAAUCAAUUCUGUUCUAAUUUUAUUUACCUUUAUUUCCGUAUGUUUUAUUCUAAGAGAGAGAAAAUUAUUUUCGUUUUACGUGUGUACAUUACCUAAUGUACUAUUCUGGUUUCUAAAGAAUGUCAAGCUUUUGGAACUGCCCAUUGAUAAAACUAUCUCUGCUUUUGGUUUUAUUAUCUUUGCAAUCUCUUGUAGAAUUUGCAUCGAGUGUGUCUGUGAUAAGAGUUCUGGCUGUGAAAGCUUCAGUUCCACUCGCUUUUGUGCAGUAAACCCUCUGCAAUGGCUGCUUAUAGUAUCUACUCAAACAUACAGUUUCAUCUUGUUUUCCAGAUAAUUGGACUGAUUCCCAUAUUGGUCAUAGAAGUAUUGAGUAAAGGGAUCUCCUUUCAAUUUAUUAAUAGAUGGAUCUCUACAGUUUGGAAGGUUAACUGAUGACAUUGAACUGUGUGGAUGUAUAUCUUCCAUUCUUGGGUGGUGUUUGGUUGUCUUUAUGUUUUGUUAAUUUACAUAACUGAUCAAAAACAUAAGCAGUCAUUACUGUGAAUCAAUCAUGUGUAUAUACUACUUUACUGUCUUCUGCUGUUUUGAGGAAAAUACAAUUCUCUAGUUUGACUUCAAUCUAUGCUUUUGGCAGUCAGGUCUCACAUUAUUCGAUAGUUUGUCUGAAACAUAUUACUAGGAAUAUUUUUUUUUCAAGAAGUUUCUUCUUAGUACAAAUUUGUGUAUCUUAUGGCAAAGAUAUUGUACAAAUUAUUCUUCUGAAUGUGCUGCUAGGUGUAGACUGCAACUAAUUCUAUUUAGUUUGCUGAAAUUUGCUUAUGCUGUAGUAUAUUAUAAGUGACACUUGCUAAGUCUUGUGUCUGUAAUUGAAAAACAAAGCAUUCUCGAGCUCUUCACUACUCAAAUUUUCUCUCCAGGCAACUCCCCGCAGGAUCUAUUCAGAAGACUGAUGCCUAAGGUAUACUAUAGUCUGCUUACUUAGUGCUCAAUCACAGUGAUAAUCACCUCCAAUUGACUGACAGAUUCUUCUAUUAUUGUGGGCCUUCUCUAAUAGUCUGGAGGACUUAAUGCACUGAAAUUAAACAGGUUGUUCUUUCUGUGCUCAAGAGUAAUACAGUUAAAGUAUUCCUCUAGUUUGGUAACAGAGAUACAUUCUGUGCGCAACUCUGUACUUAAAUGCUUCUUUCUCUCUAAACUGCCAAAAGAAAAAAAAAAGCAAGUACAGAGUUGUUGAUGUUGUUAAUGCAGUAUCAAAUCCAUGAAAUCCCAAGUGGCUGAGUUUUCAUUGUUUGUUUCUUUUUUCUUUUCUUUUUCUCUCAGUUCUCUUCUUUUUUUUUCUUCAUGUGAACUACCUAUUUUGCAUUUCCUCCAAGUAGCAAAGUUUUCAGUUUGAUUCCUUCAUCAUAAGCUUUGGACAUUGAUUGAUGCAAUGUGCGUGUGUUGUGGGCCAUAGAGACUCUUUUUCCAUCAGAUUAAGUGUUUCUUGAAAAAGGUUUCAUAAGGUUUCUAACUCUUCUGAGAUCUUUUUACCCUGAAUCAAAUUUAAAUUUACAAAAUUAAAUUACUUUUUAUCAUACAGUAACCCAGUAUUUCAUUCCAGUGAUCAAUGAUGAAAGCAGGUUAGCAAUACGGGUGUCAUGUCUUUCCACAAACUUGUGACGAAUUUUAGAAUCAGCAGUUUUUAACUCUUAGACUUAAUCAUAAUUAUAAACUGUCAUACAAACAAGUUUUUUGCAAGGCAAGUAAUAAUUUUUGUGAACUGUUCUUGGUUGUUAACAUUUGAGUAGAAAAUAAUAUAACUUAUGUUUUCUAGGUUACCUUUUAUUACAUAUGUCCUGUCCUCAAAUAUUGAAUUGAUGAAUUGAAUAUUGAUUUGGUUGCUGUAAUGUGUUUACACUUAUCAAGUGUCAGAAUCAUUUUGCGCUCUAAAUACCAAGUGCUCGGUGCACUUUUGUUUUUGCAUGAUUAAUUUAAUUCUGAACUGUUUGCUGUGCCACUCAUAAGUGCCCUCAAAACAUCAUCUCCGUGUAGAUAUUUUAUGUGUAUGUUUCAUUAUCUUAUGUAAGGUAUUGUUUUAUUUUAAAUCUGGGUUGAACUGAAUCGCGUUAUGUUUAUCCAAGUCAAAAUUUUUGACUCUUUUGUUUUGAUUUAUUUGAAACACAUGAGCCAAGUUUGCUUGCCAAAGAAUUUAUCUCAGUUAAAAUCGUAAAAAGAAUAAAAACCUAUUUAUAAUGAAUAUUGUUCAGUAUUGAUAAAGUAAUUUUAUUCAAUUGUAUAUUAUCUUUAAAAUGGGCAUUAUAAUUUGCUUAUAAAGUAUUCAGAUCAACUCAGAUCAGCCUAACAUUUGCACUUAUUGUUAGAUGACCUGCCUUAUAAAAAUUGUUACCAAAUGUGAAACUAUUUAACUAUUCGUCUGAAUCUCUGUGUCUGCUUGGUCAAGAUUUCUUUCUUGAUAGUUCUUUGCCUGUUUAAAGUUUACUAUCUUAGUAUAUAUGUUGUGCCUGUGUCUAUAAGAUAUAUUGGAAAGAAUAAUGUCUUAUGCCUUGCCAUCAAUGUAAGUAUUGCAGUACAGUAAAGUCUGAUGUUGCCUUAUAACAA